GAGUACGUGGGCACCACCAAGAAGAGCAUGCUCGCUGCCCUGGCCAACGUCCAGAACUCGGUGGCCACGCUCACUAACACAUUCACAAGCAGCUGGAAUGACAUCGACAAGAGGAUCGAGGCGCGGCUCAACGCUGUGGAAUGCCGCCAGUCUGCCCAAGAAGCCCGCAUCGACGUCCUCGAAGGCCAGAUCCGCUCGCUCACGGAGACCUUCGGCGACAUCAAAGUUGCUCGCCCUGCUCCUCCUGCUGCCGCUCCUGGCUUCAAUCGCAAUACCGACCCGACCAUCCUUCUGCUCCGCACCAAGCUGUCCUGCGCCAAAGCUGGUGUCCUCGCUGCGCUCUCCGACUGGCUCGGCCGCGCCCAGCUCAACGAGUCUGACUUCUCAGUGGAAGACGAACCUGUUUCCAACAGGUACAUCCUGCGGAUCAAUGGUUCGGUCCCCUACGCCUCUCGGAAAGUCCAGCAGGCCCUCGGCGCUCUUCGUCGACAUGACCAGACAUGGGAGCGCUUCCAGCGCCAGGCCCCCGACAACUCCACGCAGGAGAUAUUCAUCUCUGGCGACAAGAACGAGGCCCAGGUCAAGAGAGAGCUCGGCCUCAAACGUGUUCGCCGUGAGCUCGAACUCCACUACGGGCACCUUCGCUUCUACAGUGACAAAGACAAGGGUGAGAUCUCGUGCCAGUGGAUGCCGCUGGUACAUGUGGAACCACAGGCUGGAGAAGCACCGCCCAAGCUCUCGUUCUGCCUCGCCAACCUCAACGCGCUGGGGAUCGACAAGACCAAGAUCCUUGAUGGCGUCAUGGCUGGCUUCAAGUCCGCAAGUGAGGCGCUGUUCCACUACAAGGCCGGCAUUCGCUCCAGGAAGCUCGCACUUGCGCGCUCGCUGUGGAAGACUGGAUCGAUCAUCUCGCUCCAAGAGACCCACGGCACGAUGACUGAGUUGCGGGACUUCGCCUACUUCUCCAACUCCGCCUUCUCUUUCGCCUCUUCGGCAUCUGGAUAUCACAUUUUAAUGUUCAUCUCCAUGGGCUUUCUGUGGGAGAACGGCACCUCGUUGCUCAGGCUGGUUAUCGUGGCUGGAGAUUUGAAUCUGGCCGACUCGGCCCCGCGCUCGCUGGACGCAGACCCCUCCAUUGACCCGCUAGAUGCCCUUCGAGAUUGGCGUGCUUCCAGGGGCGCGACUUUGAGUCCUGUUUUCAGCUCCAUGACAGAAAUCGAGACCCCUGGCCCCGCCCACUACAACCGCGCGCUGGGAACCCUGAACACCAUAGAUCGGAUCUUCGUGAGCUUUCCUGGGUGGGUCUGCAACCAGCUGUUUACCAGCGGCCAGGUCAGUAAGAUCCCCGAGGUCCUCCACGCCCAGGGCCUCUCAGACCACGCGCCGCUCGUGGUCAGCCUCGCUGGUAGUCCUCCGAUCCCGUCUGGCGAACGCCCCAUCCCGAAACAUGUUUUCCUCCAGCCCGAGCACAAGGAAUACCUCAGUUCUGUUGGGGCCCUGGGAGAUACUUGCCACCUCUCCCCACCUCUUCUCCUCCAGUACCAGACGAGGAUCAUGAGGGAGGCUGCGUCUGUUGCUAGGAACGCCAUGAUUGUGAAGCGCCCCGAGUCGAUAUAUACCAAGUUUCUGAUUGUCAAGAGCGUCAGUCGAGUGGUUUGGAGGCAGGAUAUCAUUUUAGCAGAACGACUCAGAGCGUCACACUUCUUGGCCCGUCAGUACUUGGACGUUGACGUCCUCGCGCGCACGGUGACCCCCCUGCACGCUUUUGAAUUCUUGCAGGUCUCUUCCGAGCUCCACAGGAGUAUCGCUGAGCGCGAGCAGGCUGAGAUCAGGGCCAGCCUGACGAGGGUGCACUCAGAGAACCAGAAGCGGAAGCUCAAGAGAAGACUCCGCGCUGUGGUUCAGCGCAGUCGCUUAUGGAGUCCGUUUGACCGCCGAGUUUCGCUUCGCGGCGCGCGCUGCGGGGAUGGUGUCUGCGCGGAGCCUGGAAAAAUGAUGGAAGUAUUAUCUCAGCAUUGGUCCUCCGCAUUCUCGAAAAAGCAGAUCGACUCCAAGAGCGCCCAGAGGUACCUCUACCGUUUCGGCGCCUCCCCUGACCUGAUGAACUCGCCCCCUCCUUCCCUUCGCUCCGUGAAGAAAUACACCCAGGGCCUCGAACACUCGGCCCCUGGCCCCGACGGGCUCCCGUUUGCUGCAUGGCAAGGGCACCCUGGAGGCUCCGAGGCCUCCGACGAAAUCGCCAUUCAUCGGUACCCCAACCAGACUCGCCCCCUUGGUUUCAAAAACGCCUCGAACAAGAUCAUCGCGGGAAUCGUUCGCCGCGAACUCAGCAAAACUCUGGGUGCCUUCAUUACCCCGAUACAGCGCGGUUUCGUGGGCGGUCGGAACUUCGGGACCAACAUGCUCGAGCUAGAUACAUACUCCAGGGUGUACGGCAUGCAUAUCACGGACCCAAAUUUAGCCAUCUCGCACAAGCCAGUUCUUGACAGUUUCGAUUACGGCCAGGCCUUCCCGUCGAUUGCGCAGGAAUGGCUGCUAAUGUGCCUUCGACGUCUUCGCAUCCCCUCCCCGCUCCUCUUCUUCCUCGAGAUCCUCUACAGUGCUGCCCGGUGCUUCGCGCGCACCAACAACGCGCUCCGCUUCGCCUUCAAGAUAGAGCGUGGCAUCAUCCAGGGCUGUCCCGCAUCAGGCAUGAUCUACGCCAUCGCCUCGAAUCCCUUCCUGUCCGACAUCGAUGCCUCCCUUCGUGCUCGUUCUCAGCCUGGUGGGGACCGACGCCAGGCUCCCCGCGAGAAAGGCAUCGCUCGGGCUUGUGCUGAUGACGUGGGCGCUGCGCUUCGUCAACUCGCCGAUCUCCGUAUUCUGAAGCGACCCUUUGACCUGAGUCUCCGUCUCGCAGGUCUCACCUUGAAGCCGCCCAAGCGUUUCGUUACCCCCCCGGGAAGCGAGUUCUCACAAGAGCUCAGCGAAACGAUCACGGCUUGGCUGCGCGCGCAGCUUCCAGAGUGGGCCGCGUUCCAGGUUGUGCCGUUUUUGACUUACCUCGGUUUGGUGCUCG